AAAAAAAAAUAUAUUAUGCACUCCUUAAAAGGCAGUCCUCAAAUAAAAUAAGUAAAUGCUUUUAUUGGAUGUAUUGGGAUAGAUUGAGCUGAUCUAAGUGGAGCGGAGGCAUGAGAUUUCGAAAUUUGAGGGACUUUAACUUAGCACUCUUGGAAAAAUAAGGCUGGAGGCUCUUGACUCGGAGUAACUCUCUUGCUGGCCACAUUUUUCAAGCAAGGUAUUAUUCUCAUGGCUCUAUCUUAGAUGCCUCCCUUGAUAACAACCCCUAGCUUUAUCUGGAGAAGUAUCUUAGAAUCUAAACAAUUGGUCAAGGCGGGGGUUCGAUGGUGUGUAGGUAACAAAAGUCUUAUCAAUGUUUUAUCUCAAUUGUGGCUACUCGACCCUGUGCAUCCUUGCGUGCAAUCGACACACUCGGUCCUUUCAACGGCAAAGGUCUGUAACUUGAUGAGGGUAUAUGGUGGUAGCUGGGAUGAGGAAAUUCUUGAGGAUUAUUUAUCGAGCGACACUGUAAAUUGAUUCUCAGCAUCCCGAUUAAUUUAACUCAAGCAAGUGAUCAUCUAGCUUGGUCAGGAGAAGUAUAUGGUAUUUAUAGUGCUAAAAGUGCCUACAAUCUUCUUCAACAACAGCGUGGUGGGUGGGAUGAUUUAGAAAGCUCUUUGUUUUGGAAGAAACUUUGGAGUUUAAAAGUUCCUCCAAAAAUUAAGAAUUUACUUUGGCGGGCUUGUAUGGCUUGUCUUCCAACAUUGACACUGUACUAAACAUGUUGAUGUUUCUUCCCUUUGUCCUCUUUUCUACUGUGCUGAAUAGACUAUUUUGCACAACCUUGUUACGUAUCAGACCGUAUAGUUGGUAUGGAAUAGGGCGGGGAUUGGAACUGUGGGUACAAUUGGUACAUAUUUUCUUAAUUGAUGUAUGAAUUGUUUUAAGAUCUUGGAUCUCGAGCAGAAGUUCUUGUUUGUCACUAUUUGUUGGGUUGUUUGGGGGGCUCGAAACAAUCUUGUUUGAAAUGGUAAGUGUUUUUCGGCUGACAAUGUUGUUGCUUACGCUAAAGGUCAUCUUGAUCAAUGGAGAAAUGCUCAAAACUCUAGUUUAGAGUCGUCGGGGUUUGGUUUUCAGGCAGGUGACAGAGCUGAGCAUUGGACAGUUCCACCAGUUAAUAGAAUCAAGGUCAAUGUGGACGCAACAAUCUUUGAAGGAGGUCGUAGCCAUGUGAUCGAUUUGGUGGCUAGAGAUGACAAAGGUCUGUUCUUAGAGGGGUGUUCUUUGUUCAACCAUGGUGUCAUUGACCCUGUUAUUGCUAAGUCUUUAGGGGUCAAGGAGGCGCUUAGUUGGAUCAAAGAAAAAUGUUGGUCGGGAGUGCAUGUGGAGACCGAUUGCCUCACGGUGGCACAAGCUUUACGAAGUUCUAUUGUUAUGCUGUUUUUGUUCAAUAGUAUUAUUCAAGAUUGUAAAAAUUUAUUGUGUGAGUUCAGUUGUCUAAUGUUUCAGUUUAUUUUGUUAAACGAUCAAUAAAUAGGGUUGGUCAUAAUUUUGCUAGGGCUUCUAUUUUAUAUCUUGAUCGGCGUUUUAAUUUAGAGUCUAUUCCAACUGAUUUGUUACCGAAUUUAGUAACGGAAUUAUAUGUAUUUUUACUUCGGAUUUAGUUAAUUUUUUUGUCUUUUAUUUAUCAACUUAGUAAAUAAAUAUUGGAUUUGGUUCACAUGCGUAACAUUUUACACAAUUAUUAAGUUUUUGCCCCCAAAUAUAAUAAAAAGAAAGCAAAGAUGCCGGAAUAAUCAAAAGAAAAAGCAGCGUUUAUCUCUUUGAAGAAUCAUACUUGUCAAUCCACUUUUGGAAAAUUUGUCUCAUCAAUCUUCACGGUUGUUCACGAAAUAUUGAUACAGAAUUUAAAACGCUGCAGGGAACAUGCAAUUGACUCUGGAAUUCGGUGGGGGAUUAGAACUCCUUUGUGAAUCUAAAAAGAUUCAUAAAGUUGAUGUUGAAACUCAAAAUGGAGUAGAGAAGUUGACUAUGAAAGAUUUGCUUGCUUGGGUGCGUAUCAAUUUGAUCAAGGAAAGACCUGAGAUGUUUAUGAAAGGAGACACAGUGAGACCAGGUGUUCUAGUCCUUGUGAAUGACUGUGACUGGGAGUUGAGUGGCCAACUCAACACCACACUGGAAGAGAAGGAUGUUGUUGUCUUUAUUUCAACCCUACACGGGGGGUAGUAUCUUAAGUUAUUGCCACAUCUUUGGAAUAAAGAUAAUACUAUGCUUUUUGUUCAGAAAAAAGAAGAGAUAAUACUAUGUUUUAUAGGAGUACGCCUAUUCUUUUAAGAGUGAUUUUGCCUAAUGACAUCUUGAUUGGUUAGUUGGUUUUGGGGCAUGUUUUGUACCCUUAAUGAUAUUAUAUUGUAUGAAUAAUCAGCCAAGUUCCAUGUUCUUUAGCUAGGAUUGUCUAAACAUUUGCUAUAGAAGGCUAACUGAUUUUAUGUGAUA